AUGUCGGACUUUGAGGAUGCGAUGGACGUCGACGUGCCCUCCAAGGACACCUCGGUCCAGUUCAGCUCCGAGAAUGCCAGUGGGAAGAAGCGGAGUGCGGCCGACCUCCCUGUUGAAGCUCAAGACAACCUCCCCUGGGUCGAAAAAUAUCGGCCGAACUCACUAGACGAUGUGUCCGGCCACCAAGAUAUUCUCGCGACCAUCAAUCGCUUUAUUGAAGCCAAUCGUUUACCCCAUCUCCUUCUAUAUGGUCCGCCCGGAACCGGCAAGACAUCCACAAUUCUCGCCCUCGCACGGCGUAUAUACGGGAGCAAAAAUAUGCGGCAGAUGGUGCUCGAAUUGAACGCCAGUGACGACCGCGGCAUUGACGUUGUCAGAGAACAAAUUAAGACAUUUGCCAGUACGAAGCAGAUCUUCUCCAUGGCCCCGCAGGCCACCGGCGACUCGAAACUCGCUGGCUUUAAACUGAUCGUUCUGGAUGAGGCGGAUGCUAUGACCUCCACGGCGCAGAUGGCCCUGCGCCGCAUUAUGGAACGCUAUACAGCCAAUACCCGGUUCUGCAUCAUCGCCAAUUAUACACAUAAGCUUUCGCCUGCCCUGCUGUCACGUUGUACACGGUUCCGUUUCAGUCCACUUAAGGAAGCUGAUAUCCGGGUGCUCGUCGAUCACGUUAUUGAGAAGGAAAAGGUGCGGAUUCAGCCUGAGGCUGUGGACAGCCUGGUUACCCUUAGUAAAGGUGAUAUGCGACGGGCCCUCAAUGUGCUCCAGGCCUGUCACGCGAGCAGCAUUCCCCUACCAAUGCGAGAUGCGCCGAAUGCCCCCCGACCCGAAGCCGAGACGAUCACCGACGCAACGAUUUACGACUGUAUUGCGGCCCCGCAUCCAUCCGACAUCCAAGAGAUCAUGAGCACCAUCCUCACAACCAGCGACGUGACCUCGUGCCUCAACACGGUGAACACGCUCAAGGCGACCAAGGGACUGGCGCUGGCCGACAUUCUUUCGGCACUGGCCGACCAGCUCCAACAAUUGGAGGUGCCGGCGCAAACGCGCAUCACCUGGCUGGAGGGCCUGGCGGAGAUCGAGUGGCGGCUCUCCGGGGGCGGCUCCGAGGCGGUCCAGACCGGCGGACUGGUGGGAGUCGUGCGGAAUGGAUGCGAAUUGCUGGGGGAUCGCGGCGUGGGAUUGGCCUGA